AUGUCGCAGCCUGCACGCGAAGUCAAGGUUGCCAUCGCCGGUGCGACCGGCACCGUCGGCCAGCGCUUCAUCUGCCUCCUCGCCUCGCACCCCUACUUCCGCAUCGUCUCGCUCAACGCCUCGCCCCGGUCUGCUGGAAAGUCGUACCGCGAGGCCGUCAAGUGGAAGCAGCCCGUGCCGAUCCCCAAGCAAGUCCUCGACAUGACGGUCAAGACCUGCGAGGUCGACCAGUUUGGCGACGCCGAGAUUGUCUUCUCUGGGCUUGACAGCGAUGUCGCGGGCGAUGUCGAGGAGGGCCUGCGGAAAGCAGAGUACGCCGUCUUCUCCAACGCCGGCAACUUCCGCCGCGACCCGCUCGUCCCGCUCGUCGUUCCCCUCGUCAACCCGUCGCACUUUGGCAUCAUCCCGCACCAGAAGGAGACGCUCGGCCUCAACAAGGGCUUCAUCAUCACCAACGCCAACUGCUCGACGACGGGCAUCGUCAUCCCCCUGCACGCACUCGAGAAGGCCUUCGGUCCCCUCGAGACCGUCAUGGUCACGACGAUGCAGGCCAUCUCGGGCGCCGGCUACCCUGGCGUCCCCUCGCUCGACAUCCUCGACAACGUCGUGCCGUACAUCGCCAAGGAGGAGGAGAAGAUCGAGUGGGAGUUGGGCAAGAUCCUCGGCGGCUUGUCGGACGACCUCAAAGAGUUCGACUACCACUCGAAGCACCCGAUGAAGGUCUCGGCCGCAUGCAACCGCGUCCCCGUCGUCGACGGCCACCUCGAGUGCAUGUCGAUCCGCUUUGCGCGCCGGCCCCCGCCGUCGCCUCAGCAGGUCAAGGACGCGCUGCGGGCGUACUACUCGGAGGCGCAGAAGCUUGGAUGCCCGUCUGCGCCUGAACAGGCCGUCUACGUUCACGAGGAGGCGGACCGACCUCAGCCCCGUCUCGACAGGCACUUCCAGAACGGCGCAGGCGUCAACGUCGGCCGCGUGCGGGAAUGCAAGGUCCUCGACAUCCGGAUGGUUGUCUUGAGUGCCAACACCAACAUCGGCGCCGCGACGAGCUCCAUCAUGAACGCCGAGUACGCGGUUGCGAAGGGUAUCGUCUAG